UCCGCACUUAAUGCCGCGAUAUCAAGUGCCUGCCAUUCUAUUACCGACUGCUAUUUAGGGUUAGGAUGGUAUUAAACUUUUGACCGAAGUAAACAUUGUGACAGCAAGUAAAUAAAUAGUUGUUCGCUCGUAAAAAUGUCAAUCGAAAUUGAAUCCGCUGAUGUUAUACGACUGAUUCAACAGUACUUGAAGGAGUCUAAUCUUGUAAAAACACUACAAACCUUGCAGGAGGAAACUGGUGUCUCGUUGAAUACAGUUGACAGCGUUGACGGAUUUGUUACGGAUAUUAACAAUGGACAUUGGGAUACUGUGCUUAAAGCGACACAGUCCCUCAAAUUGCCUGAUAAAAAACUCAUUGAUUUGUACGAACAGGUUGUUUUAGAACUAAUUGAACUAAGAGAAUUAGGCGCAGCUAGAUCUCUGCUGAGGCAAACUGACCCGAUGAUAAUGAUGAAGCAGCAGGAACCUGAAAGAUACAUCCAUCUUGAAAAUCUUUUGGCACGGUCCUACUUUGACCCAAGGGAAGCAUACCCUGAUGGAAGUACAAAGGAAAAGCGAAGAGCUCAUAUAGCAACUGCUUUGGCGGGUGAAGUAUCAGUCGUACCAUCCAGCAGGCUGCUAGCUUUGCUCGGACAAGCUUUGAAAUGGCAGCAGCACCAAGGGCUCUUGCCUCCUGGCACAACCAUAGAUUUGUUCAGAGGCAAAGCAGCUGUUCGAGAUCAGGAAGAUGAAAAAUACCCAACUCAGUUAUCUAAGCAAAUUAAGUUUGGGCAAAAGUCACAUGUUGAGUGUGCGAGAUUUUCACCAGAUGGACAAUAUUUGGUAACAGGCUCCGUCGACGGGUUUAUAGAGGUGUGGAACUUUACUACUGGAAAAAUACGAAAAGACUUGAAGUACCAGGCACAGGAUAACUUCAUGAUGAUGGAACAAGCCGUUUUAUCAAUGUCAUUUAGCCGCGAUAGCGAAAUGCUUGCCGGUGGUGGCCAAGACGGGAAAAUGAAAGUUUGGCGUGUUCAAAGUGGCCAAUGCCUCCGCAGAUUCGAAAAAGCACAUGCCAAAGGUGUCACUUGUCUUCAGUUCAGUAGAGACAACAGUCAGAUACUAUCCGCAUCAUUCGACACCACUAUAAGGAUACACGGGUUAAAGUCUGGAAAGACAUUGAAAGAAUUCCGAGGCCAUAUCUCAUUUGUCAAUGAAGUAGUUUUCACCCCGGACGGUCACAGCAUAAUAAGUGCUUCCUCAGAUGGAACAGUCAAGCUCUGGGGCUUGAAAACAACAGAGUGCAUAGGCACAUACAAAUCUUUGGGAGCUGCAGAUCUUACUGUCAACAGUAUCCAUCCGUUACCUCGCAAUCCGGAACAUUUUGUCGUUUGUAAUCGAUCAAACACUGUGGUAAUAAUGAACAUGCAAGGACAAAUAGUCAGAUCCUUCUCCAGUGGAAAACGAGAAGGUGGAGAUUUCGUUUGCGCCUGUGUUAGCCCGCGUGGAGAAUUCAUAUACUGUGUUGGAGAGGAUCUCGUUUUGUAUUGUUUCUCCACUUCGUCGGGAAAACUUGAGCGAACCCUCAACAUCCAUGAAAAAGAUGUAAUCGGGUUAGCUCAUCAUCCGCAUCAAAACUUGCUCUGCUCAUACAGUGAAGACGGACUUCUCAAACUGUGGAAACCGUAAAUUUUCAUAUAAACAUAAGCAUUGUUGAAUUGUACGAUUACCCUUCUUAUGCCGAAGUCAAAUAGGCAUAUUCCAGACACGAUAUAAACUAACGAGCGGACUCCCCAUCAAUGCAUAUUCCAUAUGUCGACCAUGUAUUCUACCAUUAGGUCAUUAAAUCAUAUGUUCUUAAAUCUAA